GGGAGUCCCCCGCACGCAGAGAGCGCCUUGGCUGCCCGUCAGCCCGCUUUCCACCCCCUGCCUGUGUCUCCGCCUUGUUCGGCAGAGGAUCCGCACCGGGACCUUGCUCUACUUUCUGCCCCCCCCGCCUGCGUCUCCACCUCGCUCGGCUCGGAGGUCUUUCAUACGGCUGCGCGGUAUCGGGGCUGGAAGCCGCGCAGACACGGCGCUGAGACCGGCUCUCGGGGGCGGGAGGGGGCUGUACCGAGAAGCGGCCGCGGCUGUAACACCAUACUGCCGCCCAGGGCCCUCGGCCAGGCGAGUCCGGAGAGGAGGGGGGUUCCGUGCUUGAUAUGUGCCCCGCCGUCCGCCGUGCUGUGGAUUUCGCGGGGAUAAGGGUAUGGAUUUCCCAGGCCACUUCGACCAGAUCUUCCAGCAGCUGAACUACCAGCGGCUGCACGGCCAGCUAUGCGACUGCGUCAUCGUGGUGGGCAGCCGGCACUUCAAGGCUCACCGCUCGGUGCUGGCUGCCUGCAGCACGCACUUCCGUGCCCUGUUCACAGUGGCGGAGGGCGAGGGCAGCAUGAACAUGAUCCAGCUGGACAGCGAGGUGGUGACGGCGGAGGCCUUCGCCGCCCUGGUGGACAUGAUGUAUACCUCUACCCUCAUGCUAGGCGAGAGCAACGUCAUGGACGUUCUGCUGGCCGCCUCGCACCUGCACCUUAACGCCGUGGUCAAGGCUUGCAAGCACUACCUGACCACGCGCACACUGCCCCUCUCGCCCCCGGGAGAGGCCACCCUGCACCCGCAGGAGCCGCACCUGGACGGUGGAGGUCCCAGACCGCAGCGCUCCUUCCUGCUGCAGCAGUUGGGCGUCAGUUUGGUGAGCUCCGCCUUGAGCGGGGUGGACGAGGGUGCUCCCGGUGGCGGGGCGGUGGAACAGCGUGCCUCAUUCCCCAUCCGGCGCUUCCAUAAACGGAAGCCGACGCUUUCCUCGCUGGCUGUCGACGAGCGCCCCCGGCACCGGAUCCGGACCUCCGCUACCAUGGAGGGGGCGCCCCACAACCGGGGAGGCUCUGGCGACCUGGGUGAGGGGGACUUCUUCUCUCCAGAUUCAAAACUGGACACAGGCAUUGCCAAUGACGUCAGCGGAAUCCCGGAACCGCAGGCGGCGCAGGAUGAUGCCCAGCUGCCAAGCCAGUCAGACGGUGACUGUGGACAGGACCCACUGGGGAAGGUGGAGUAUGUGGGCGUGCCGCCGCAGGAGGCUGGGCUCCUUGUUAAGGUCAAGGAGGGGGAGGAGGAGGAGGAGGCACCGCAACAGAUGCAAGUGGUGGUGAAGAGCGAGCCCCUGAGCUCGCCGGAGCCUGCUGACGAGACCAGCGACGUGGCCUCGCAGGCCGAGUGCAGCGACCAGGUGGAGCCUGGCGCUGAGAAGGUGGAGCUUAGCCCCGGGGGGAGCGACCGCAGCUUCUCGGACCCGCAGUCGAGCACGGACCGCGUGCCGGAGGUGCACCUGCUGGACGGGGCUGCGGACGGGGGAAUCGGCGGCGGUGGCGACCAAGAGACGAGGAUGUCUCGAGAUGUCCUGGAUGGCAAGCAGGGCUUUGGGAUGCCAUUUGGGGGCACCAAGGGCUACGGGUCAACACCCUGCAGGCGGGGGCUGCUGCCUGAUGACAGUCUGCCCAACACAACCACAGCAGAGUGCGGGCCUGACAUGGAGGCUGGCGGCUACCUGCGGAGCCCAGAGUCCCUCAGCGCCUCAUCCUCCCUCCUGUACCCAGGCAUGCGCCACCCCCACCAGCACCUCCUCUCCAGUGACGUGCACUCCUUUGGCGACAUGCAGGCGGACUCCUUCUUCCUGCGACCUGCGCAGGACGGGCUGGGCUACCAGCCAAGCCGUGCAUCCGACUCAUUCCCUCUAGACUACCAACGCUCAAGCCUAGGCCUGCACUCUCUGCCCCACUCACCCAGGGGAGGAGGCGCCGGCGGUGGCCCGGGCUUCCCCUCCUACCGCCGCAUCGCGCCCAAGAUACCCCCAGAAGGCAGCUCCGGGCUAGCUCGCAAAGAUGGAGCUUCUUCCUCAUCCUGCGGAAGCUUCCAGGGCGGGCCUGGAUAUGGCGGCCCGGAGUCCCAGCGAGGCGCCGGCGUGGCCGCACCCCCUCUGCUGACGAGGGCCUCGGCCGACGUCCUCUCCAAGUGUAAGAAGGCGCUGUCGGAGCACAACGUGCUGGUGGUGGAGGGUGCCCGCAAAUAUGCCUGCAAGAUCUGCUGCAAGACCUUCCUGACACUGACGGACUGCAAGAAGCACAUCCGCGUACACACGGGCGAGAAGCCCUACGCCUGCCUCAAGUGCGGCAAGCGCUUCAGCCAGUCCAGCCACCUGUACAAGCACUCCAAGACCACCUGCCUCCGCUGGCAGAACAGUGGCCUGUCCGGGGGCCUGCUUUGAGCAUGCUGGGGGUGGGACCAGGGCUAGGGGUGGGGCGUGGACGAGGCAUGAUGUGCCUAUGGGCGGAACUAGGAGAGACACACCUUCUUCUUCUUUUUUUUUUUUUUUUUUAAUUAAGGAAACUUAUGAAAAAGUCCAGUUAUUUCAGUGGUCACUGUCUCAUGACUAAUUUCUACACCCCCGUGCCACAUCACUCUGAUCUGUUUUGGGUGGAGGAGCCACUCGUGGACACUGACAUGUGCCCGAAGGUACGUCCCUGUCGGGAAUGUGGAUCAGCCGCAUAAAGUCAUUAAUGCAGAACUGCCUUUUAUCUGCGUCCUUGCAGAAGGUGACCUGCAUGGUUGCUAAGGAACAGGCCGGUGAGUAUGCGAGGUUGGCUCCCUGCUUCCCCGCCCUUUGGUUUGGUUCUGAAGGCUAAACUGUUUGUUUUUGCUGGAGGGGUAAAUGCGCCUGACUUCACAGGAAAGGGUGUGGGCGGGGGAACCUUUGUUUGUGUGUUUUGUCACAAUUUCUCAGCCACUACGGCUAUUAUAAUGGUGACUUUAAGUGGUAUCUUCAGAUUAUACUCACUGAUUUCGUUCUCUGUUGUUGGGCAGGGCCCCAAGGCUUAUGUGUGUGUGUGUGUGUGUGUGUGUGUGUGUGUAAUACACCACACUCUUGAAAGCAGCACACUGCUUAGCAGUGAAACUUUGGCUUCAUUGGGCAAAAAAUACAGAAAGAUUUUUCCAGAGGGGAUGUUCUCUUGUUUUCCGUGAGGGUUUCUUGAGGUUCUUGGUGAGGUUGUAGGAGUGACACAAAAUGCAUAAGCUGUUCGAAAUGUAAAUAUGGCACAUAUCUGCAGAAGGCACGGUUGGCGUGUGGACUUUGUUUCACGUGAGCUUUGCAGGUCUAUUUUCAGCUGAUGUUUUCCUUCAACCAAAAUGUCCCACUCUGUUGGGAAAAGUCUUCAUAGUAAGUAACGUUUUUGUGUGUGCGGCUUGCACUGUAGGUUGAUGUACAUGAUCGGAAAAAUGAAAACCCUACACAGUGAAUACUCCCUGUCUUUUAACUCCCGUCAGUGUUGUUCCCAUGUAGCUUACUCUGAGCACUACACUCCCAGUGUAGGUGUGGCGGUGACCCUCUAUUCUGUUACUAGUGGCAACUGUACUCAUCAUGGUGUCGAAGAUUGAAAGUUGCGUGGUGUGUCGUAUUUGCUUGUGUUUUCAGGUCUGCACCAGCAGCCAAUUAACACGUAUCCAGCGUGGGUCCUGGAGAUCUCCAUACAAUAGCAUUCCUUACAUCACCUAAUGUCGUCCCCUGUGCAACCUUCAUGUGCUCACAGUCAUCCUAAACAAGUGCCUGUCCUAUCAGGAACUACCAGGUCAAUGUUCUCCUUUGUAACAGGUGAUGUACGUAAGAUCAUCUGGAAGGGGACUCUGCAGGACCAUAACUGGGCACGUCCUCUUGUUGAAAGAGAGAAUUACUGCAAAAGCAAAAACUCAACCAAUCAUUAUGUCAUCGGACAGAACAUACCUACACAGUAAUUAUUUAAGGUUACCGGAGAAGGUGUGAAUGCGUUGACCUACUGUGACAAAUUUGAGCAUAGCUGUGUCGUGACUUCCUUUCAGAUCAACAGGACAUGCUUGUUUUAUUUUGUUUUUCAAAACCUCUGUUGUGUUGGUGAAACUGAGUCUUAGUUGUUGACCCCCCCCCCCAUGGGUAAAUAUCCUCAGAAUUUCCUUUUGUUUUAAAAAUGGAACCGGACCGCCGUGUCUUCCACACAGCUGGAGCCUACUUCCUGACUUAAGAGUUUCCUCUGAGCCUUGGUGUGACCUAAGAUCAUCCAUCCAAAUGUAACGUUGGCUUGAGCCCUUGCCUAGGAAGAACACUGGAAACAAGCUGUGUCACCGACAUGUUCCUGUGUAUCAACGACAUGUUCCUGUAACUAGCAGAGUUCUAGUUUACAGAAAAACCAAAACACACUUAGCAUUCUCAGAGUUUCCACUAAUAACACUGGAACUGAAGCUGACUUUUAUUGCUGUCAAAACGUUGCUGUUGUACAACAAUGCAUCUGAAAUAUUUUCUUUACUAAUUUAUUAGAGUUUGGUCAUCAUAGUUAUAUUAGCCCUAACUGCUUACAUGAAAGUGCACUGUUUGACUUACCUGCAAUUGUGUAGCUACAUCAAUUAAAGACUUUCCAUUUGUAAGUUUUACCAUUCAAAGUGGAGGGACAGGCCUCUGCCUUAAAGCUCCUGUUUGAAAAACUAGGGCUUCGUUAUGCCAAAACUGACAAACUGACGUGUCCUGUCACUUACUGUUGUGACUUUUAGAAGACAACCUGCUUUGUAGAGAAGUAACAAAAACUGUAUUUUAUUUCAUUUGUUGUACAAGAAUAAAGAUGGAAAUGUCUGUGUGUG